GCAAAGUAAUAGUUCUGUCAUUCGAUCAAAUUCCCCAACAACAACAUCUCAGAUUAUGGCCAGAAAGAAAAGAAGAGGGAUUAUAGAGAAAAGGCGCCGUGAUCGUAUAAAUAACAGUUUAUCAGAGCUGAGGCGGCUUGUGCCAACUGCUUUUGAAAAACAAGGAUCUGCCAAAUUAGAAAAAGCGGAAAUACUGCAAAUGACAGUGGAUCAUCUGAAGAUGCUGCAGGCGACGGGAGGUAAAGGUUAUUUUGACGCUCAUUCCCUGGCCAUGGAUUUCAUGAGCAUCGGCUUCCGGGAGUGCUUGACGGAAGUCGCGAGGUACCUGACUUCGGUGGAAGGUCUCGACACGUCUGACCCCCUGCGCGUUAGACUCGUGUCUCACCUGAGCCCCUGUGCCCCCCAGAGGGAAGCUGCCGCCAUGACCUCCUCCAUGGCCCACCACCACCACCCCUUGCACCCUCACCACUGGGCAGCCGCCUUUCACCACCUCCCGGCCGCUUUGCUGCAGCCGAACGGACUCCACGGCUCC